UUCCUCUGUCUUUUACUCUGGCAUCCCUGCCCAGGCAUGCCUGAACCUGUCAGUCUUUAGGGCCUGGCUGACUGCAUUUGUGCUGCUUGUGCAGGCUGCAUCUAAGCUGGGUGGGGGGGAGGGAAGCAUGGCAUCUGUUCCUGGAGGAGGAGCUGAUUAGCGACCUGCAAGCAUCAAAACAGAGGCACUUUAGCAGCCUUUUAAUAAGUUACCCCCCUUUCCCUCCUGUUCCCUGCCAUCCCCAGAAAAAAGUCUGAUUAAAAAUCUCCCUUGUAGAUGUAUAGGAAACCCUCCUGAGUGGGAGAGGUGGAUGAGCAUCUCAGCAGGGAGCUGGACGCCAUGGAGCACAUCCGAACACCCAAGGUGGAAAAUGUCCGUUUCACUGAUCGUAUAUCUUCUAGGAAAGCUGCAUUGGGAACCUUAUAUUUAACAGCUACCCAUGUUAUCUUUGUGGAAAAUGUUUCUGAAACUCGGAAAGAAACCUGGAUUCUUCACAGCCAAAUUUCCUCUAUUGAAAAACAGGCGACAACUGCUACUGGCUGCCCUUUGCUGAUUCGCUGCAAGAACUUCCAGAUCAUCCAGCUCAUCAUACCUCAAGAGAGAGACUGCCAUGAUGUUUACAUAUCCUUAAUACGCCUGACACGGCCAGUGAAAUAUGAAGAGCUGUACUGUUUUUCAUUCAAUCCAAAGUUAGAUAAAGAAGAGCGAGAACAAGGCUGGAAGCUUGUGGACCUGAAUGAAGAAUAUAAUCGGAUGGGUAUCCCAAAUAAUUAUUGGCAGAUCAGUGAUGUGAACAGAGAGUAUGGAGUCUGUGAUUCGUACCCUACUGAGGUGUAUGUACCAAGAUCUGCAACUGCACACAUUAUAGUAGGAAGCUCCAAAUUCCGGAGCAGAAGGCGUUUCCCAGCACUUUCCUAUUACUGUAAGGAUAACCAUGCAUCCAUCUGCAGGAGUAGCCAACCCUUGUCUGGUUUCAGUGCUCGAUGCCUUGAAGAUGAACAGAUGCUACAGGCCAUCAGAAAGGCAAAUCCAGGAAGUGAUUUCAUAUAUGUUGUUGAUACUCGGCCUAAGCUUAAUGCAAUGGCAAACAGAGCAGCAGGAAAGGGAUAUGAGAAUGAAGACAAUUACUCCAACAUCAAGUUCCAGUUCAUAGGCAUCGAGAACAUCCAUGUAAUGAGGAACAGUCUGCAAAAAAUGCUAGAAGUUUGUGAAUUGAGGUCACCCUCUAUGAGCGACUUCCUCUGGGGCCUGGAGAAUUCUGGCUGGCUAAAGCAUAUCAAAGCCAUCAUGGAUGCGGGCAUCUUCAUUGCAAAGGCUGUGGCAGAGGAAGGUGUGAGUGUUCUUGUUCAUUGCUCAGAUGGCUGGGAUAGAACAGCUCAGGUUUGCUCUGUAGCAAGCCUUCUGUUAGACCCCUAUUACAGGACACUGAAGGGAUUCAUGGUAUUAAUUGAAAAAGAUUGGGUUUCCUUUGGUCAUAAAUUUAAUCACAGGUAUGGGAAUUUAGAUGGUGAUCCAAAGGAGAUAUCCCCAGUUAUUGACCAGUUCAUUGAGUGUGUUUGGCAGCUAAUGGAACAAUUCCCCUGUGCCUUUGAAUUCAAUGAAAGAUUCCUGAUCCAUAUACAACAUCAUAUCUAUUCCUGCCAGUUUGGUAACUUCCUUUGUAACAGCCAGAAGGAGAGACGAGAGUUGAAAAUUCAAGAACGAACAUACUCACUUUGGGCUCAUUUGUGGAAGAAUCGAGUGGAUUACAUGAAUCCUCUCUACAGAGCAGACCACGGUCAAACCCAGGGGACUCUCCACCCACAGACAGCCCCAUGCAACUUCCUGUAUAAGUUCUGGAGUGGGAUGUAUAAUCGCUUUGAGAAAGGAAUGCAUCCGCGGCAGUCAGUUACAGAUUAUCUGAUGGCAGUGAAAGAAGAAACUCAGCAGUUGGAAGAGGAAUUAGAAGUCUUAGAAGAGAGACUAUCAAAUCUUAAAAAAGUGCAGGUAAAUAAUAAUAAAGUAAAGAAUAUGCAACAAGACCGGAACAAAGCACUACGGCUCUCUGCUUCUAACAACAGCAUAGCUAAUACUCCCCAGGAGUACAGUAACAAUCUGAAGUCAUUCCCAUCCCGGAGCCCCUCUCAAGGGGAUGAAGAAGACUCAGCCCUGAUUCUGACACAGGACAACCUGAAAAGCUCUGAUCCUGAUCUCUCAGCCACCAGUGAUCAGGAAUCAGGUGUGGAGGACUUAAACUGCCGGUCGCCAAGUGGUGGUUGCCUGCCCAGUGAAGACAGUGGCAAGGAUCCAGAUUCAGAUGAAGCUGUGUUUCUCACCGCCUGAAAUGACUUUUCAUCAGAGGAAGAAUUGGGGCCAUCUCUGAACUUCUAAAGAAAUCCAAAGAAAGGGAGCCAUGCAAUAGUGUGUGUAAAGGCAGAACAAGCACUUAUCACUAUUGUCUUAUCAUAGUUAAUCAAGAAAGGUAAAUCUCUGCUAUUAUGAACAUUCAUUCAUUCAAGCCACGUGUGGUUGCAUCUUUUAACUUUAAAAGCCAUACAGAAUUAUUCUUUUAUUUUUAUUUAAAAAAUGCUAUUUUUUUUAAUUUCCAUGAUUGCUUCUUUUCCAAGACUCUUGGUAAAGCGUGUUCCUAUGAAAAAGGCCAGAGAGAUAUCAAUGUUAUAAGUACUAGUGAGUUAUCCACAUUUGUGGUCUGGAGUAUUUUUGCCUUCAGGGAGUUUGUGUGCAUUUUUUUUAAUUAUUAACUUUUUUUUCUUUGACGUGUUCACAUUAACAAUUGUUUUAAACAUUUUCCUAUGAAAACCUACUGGGGCAAAGUAAAGGUAAAUUUGAAACCAAAUGAAUAAGAUCAGCUAAGCAGGGACUGGAUCCUAUUACAAUCAAGGGCACUCGCCCAUGAGCACGUGGAGUUACUGAACUAGGAAAGUUCUCAGUUUUUGCACACUGGUGAGCAAAAGUUUCUGCGAGGAAAACGGGAAGAAUAUAAAUAUAAAUGCACAAUCUUUUUCAUAAAGCAUGAUGAAUGUCACUAAUUCCUUUUCAUUUCUAUUUUGUUUUCUUUAUUUAAAUUAUACUUCUUUAUAAAUCCUUGGGAAGCAGGUACAAAUGUGUAACCUUACCUACUUUUAAAGAGCAAAUGUAAAAUUUUUCAAGAGCACCCAAGUCCUACUGACUUAAUGAGACCUGAGGUAAAAAAAAAGUAUCAAAACUAAUUAGAUGCCUAACACCCAGUGAUUUUUCAAUAGGAGUUAGGUACCCAGCCAGCUCAGAAGAUUUGGACCUAGAUUACUUUUGAAAUUAAGGAUUUUCAGAUACAUUUUAUACCCAAAGUUUAGGCUUUACAAAGAAUUCCUUUCUAAAUCCCAGCAUGUGAUCCCAAAUGUGAAAACACAUUUUUAUCUGCCUAUUUCCUUUCCCUUACAGUGGGAAAGGUAAUAGGCUUCAGACCAACCUGAAGCAUGGGUGCCACAAGCGGGACAGGCAGCCUCUGUGCACAACACAUGGCAGACCGGAGGGAGAAGAAAGUGAAGUAGCAGAUAAGGCAGGGAGUACAGGAAAAGAAGCAGAGCAGCACAUUGGGCAUGGGAAGGGGGGAGUGGCAGUUGGGGAGGAUGCAGAGUUAAUUUGUGGCACACCUGCCAAAAAAGGUUGGCCCCUACCGCCUGACAGUAUUUUACAAUCCAAAAAUUACAGCAUGCGAUUUUUCAUUAUGUCCUCGCACUAAAUGACACCGACUAGAACUUUGUAAGAAACGGAUGAAAACGAGAAAUUAAUUUUGUUGACAGAAAUAGGAACAAAAAUGCUAAACACAUUGAGUUGUGAUUUUUAGAAUUACUAUGUGCUUUUAUAUUACACCACAUACUGUUGAGCCAUUUUACAAUAUAAUUUAUUUACAUCUCAUCUCAUCUUCUUGAAGAAACUUUGGAUUGAACUACCAUUGAUCAUAACAUGGUAGACAAGUUUACUUCAGUUAUAUUUCUUGUUAAUCUGUUAAAGAAUUUUUAUAGUUAAAUUACAUAUCUGUCCCUAAAUUUGGAAGUUUGUUAAGAAAUUACUAUUAAAUGUAGUUUGCUUUUGCUAGAUAGAACUUUUUCUUUCCAUUCUAAGAAACUGUUUGGGUAAAGGGAACAGAUAAACUCCAGCACUGAUAAUAUUCUCAUAGGGGAGCUGCCAUAUUUGGAAUACGGAUUUGAAUCCUAAUGGAAGGAUUUAUUGUAGCGUAUAUUGGACAACCCAGAUCUUCACCUUGAACAAAAGCUUGGGGCUCAACUGAGGUCAAUGAAGGGAUAACUAUUUAUACUUAGCUGAGAAUUUAGCUCUGUGCAUUUUUAAAGGUUAUGCUUUUUUAAUAAAAUAAUGUCCCAAUUUUAAUUGUAAUUUUAAAAAGUGUAUUUCAUAUUUUGGACAUAGCCUGUAAAAAUUAUAUUAAAGGAGAUUUUUGAAUGGGUUUUCUUUAAGAAAAUAAAUAUAUGCCGUAUACAGCUAACAGUGAAAACAGGUCAAAUACAUUCUGCCUAAAUAUAAAAGAAUGAGUUUGAUUGCUGCAAUAUUGUCAAUAAGUUAAAAUGUGAAUUUGUACAUUCUGUUAUUAUUGUGUGCAAUUAGAUAUGCCUAGAAAUAGAUGCAAAAUGAAAAUGCUAUCUUCCUGUCACAAACCGUUGUAACAACCUUUAAAAUUAAAAUAUUGGUAUUUUAGGCACCAGUCAUUACUGAGCAGUUCCCAGUUGCAUACCUUUCAGGCCCUGGAAUUUUGGUUUGGUCUCUGUUGUUUAUGUUGUAACCUAUGUAUUGUGAAUUAUACUAGUCUCAUACAAAAUACUUCAGAAAUAAAUACUUAAGCUCCACAG